CAGACUGCAGGAUGAAGGUCCAUGUCAAGGUGGAGAUGUUGGCCAUGGUGGUCACGUUGUUCCUGGCUUUUGGUGUGAGUGACGGCCUGGUGAUAGACAAGUGUCAACUGGGAGACGAACUGAACUCGACUCUACCUGCAAAAAUGUUGGACCAGAUCACCAGCCUGGUGGCCAAGAUUGUGUGCCAUGUGGAGCUGAGCUCCAGCUUGAACACCAGCACCAUCAAUUAUGUAACUGGACCCAACAUUAAGAGUUUCAUCCAUGGCAUGCGCAAGGGCAGGUCUGCAGAGUCAAGCAGUGAAGAGUCCAGUGAGGAAGACUUCCGAAGACCUAAAAGUAGUUUCAAUUCUUCGAUGGUUAAUCCAUUAAACAGCUCAACCAGAGAUGAAGGGCAUAGAGGCCGCAAGAGUAGGUCGGCAGAGUCAAGCAGUAAGGAGUCCAGUGAGGAAGACUUCCGAAGAUCUAAAAGUAUUUUCAAUUCUUCAGUGUUGAAUCCAGUUACACGUCCCCAGGGUAACAGCUCAACCAGAGAUGAAGGGCAUAGAGGACGCAAAAGCAGGUCUGCAGAGUCAAGCAGUGAGGAGUCCAGUGAGGAAGACUUCCGAAGACCUAAAAGUAGUUUCAAUUCUUCAGUGUUUAAUCCAGUCACCCGUCCCCAGGGUAACAGCUCAACCGGAGAUAAAGGGCAUCGAGGACGCAAGAGCAGGUCUGCAGAGUCAAGCAGUGAGGAGUCCAGUGAGGAAGACUUCCGAAGACCUAAAAGUAGUUUCAAUUCUUCAGUGUUAAAUCCAGUUACCCGUCCUCAGGGUAACAGCUCAACCAGAGAUAAAGGGCAUAGAGGACGUAAGAGCAGGUCUGCAGAGUCAAGCAGUGAGGAGUCCAGUGAGGAAGACUUCCGAAGACCUAAAAGUAGUUUCAAUUCUUCAGUGUUUAAUCCAGUCACCCGUCCCCAGGGUAACAGCUCAACCGGAGAUAAAGGGCAUCGAGGACGCAAGAGCAGGUCUGCAGAGUCAAGCAGUGAGGAGUCCAGUGAGGAAGACUUCCGAAGACCUAAAAGUAGUUUCAAUUCUUCAGUGUUAAAUCCAGUUACCCGUCCCCAGGGUAACAGCUCAACCAGAGAUAAAGGGCAUAGAGGACGUAAGAGCAGGUCUGCAGAGUCAAGCAGUGAGGAGUCCAGUGAGGAAGACUUCCGAAGACCUAAAAGUAGUUUCAAUUCUUCAGUGUUUAAUCCAGUCACCCGUCCCCAGGGUAACAGCUCAACCAGAGAUAAAGGGCAUAGAGGACGCAAGAGCAGGUCUGCAGAGUCAAGCAGUGAGGAGUCCGAUGAGCAAACCAUGUGGACUUUGUAUGGGUUGUUCCAACUGCCCAAUCGCAUCGCCUGCACCUCGGGGUCUGAACUCUCUCUUAACCUCUGCAGCAUGGACUGUGACAGUCUGAUCGAUGGCAAUCUCCAAGAUGACAUCACCUGUCUUCAGACCAUCCUCAAUAAAAUGUUGUCAUCAGUAAGCAGUGAAGGACCAAUGAAAUCACUGUUCCACAAAUUGACCUCUGCUUUCUUCCAGAAGGAAUGCAGCAAUGUGGAGAACUCCAAGUACUUUUCCACUUGUUGAGGCAGACAGCGGACCUAGCAAGCAUUUUGACUCAAUUCUACUCAAACUGAACAUUUGACUCCGCCGGCUUUUGGCAACAUCUAAAACAAGUCAAUCACACCCAACUAGAGUAUAUUUUGUUAAGUGUCUUACUGUGAAAAACGAUUACACUCACAUAAUGUUGGUAGACUAUGGCUAAUUUUAAGGUUAAUUAACCCUGAGUUAAAUUAGUGGUCACGUGAUCAGUGAAUGAGUCGGGAUACACCGCUGUAUUAGCCUUGUUUUCAUUUAGCCAGUUUCUCGCUUUUGUUUCUGACUAAUUAGUGUCUAUGAUGAUCAUAGAAUUUCUACUGUGUAUUUUAUUUGAAAAGAGAUCUGCCUCUAAUGCAUUACAUCAUAUCUGCUCGAGAGGACAUCUGUCAUCAAAACGAUCCAAGUUUUAUCAAAAUGGCCGAGAAUUAGGGGAAAGGUUGAUAAAGAUAACAGACAUCGUGACUUGUUUGCUAAUCUUGUACUCAUAACGUCAUUUUUCAGACAUUAUUGCUAUGCAAGGUAUGAUUUAUGCUGAUUAGUGGCUGUAAAACAGCGCCCCCUGCUGGUGUGGAAUUCGCUUAAUCGCCACAUUCUCACCAUGUGACAAAGAGUUUCCGUUAAACUUCCUGCAAGAUUCAUUCUGUCAGCUAUUACAUUUCACAUUACUCUGUUUAACGAACAACUGACUACAAUCUUAAUAAAUAUUUCAACUUGUAUAAUGGUAUAAAAAAGCGAAUAAUACAAACAUACAGUAACUUAAUUUUUAACCAAGUUCUGCCCACAUCUUCUCAGUUAGCAAGUGAGUUGUGCGUGCCGUCGUUAAAACAUAUAUCAUUUCCUUAUAUUUGCGUUAUAUUUGCAUUGUAUUGCGUUUUUAAUAGAUCUGGGCGAUGUUGGAUUAAUCAAUUUGGCCACAAAAGGAAAAACACACACACAUUAUUAUUUUGCCAGCUGAGACAAAAAGACAAAGAGAGAACAACUCUAAUAAAAUCAGAUAAGUGUUAUGUUUUAAACAAAUAUGCCGUUAAUCUGAUUUCUUGUUUUCUUCUGCCUUUUUCUUCUUCAA